AUGGAAUUGUUCUACUUCGAGAAGCGUCGAAGAGACCUGCUCGAGGACCACCCCUACGCGCUUCUCGACAAUACAGGGACGUCAUCCUACAAGGGUGAAAGUAUUCUAACAGAUGCCAUCCAGGAUUUAUCGAUUCCAACGGAUGAUUUGCCUUCAUGUGGAUGGGUCUCAGUAGAUGUAGAAAAAGAUUCAGUACGAGACACUCAAAAUAAUAAUGACCACGGUGAAUCAGAUGAAUUUUUCGCUCAAGCGGUGCAUGCGGAAUUGGAACAGGCCAGGAGCGAUCCACGUCACUACUGGGUACAACCUUCUGUUGUUUUUCGUAAGAAAAUGCUUAAUCUGUUGGAAAAGUGUCAUUUACAACAGACAUUGGAUAACAGUCGAAUUAAUUCAUUGUUGACCGUUCUGAACAGACUGUCACGCGAACGGGGUAUAUCGUCACCAAGCAUACCGGAAACACCGAUCACUCGAACGUCUCAACUAUCUGACAAUGCCUACCGUUUUCAGAGUCGACAACAACAACACCCCUACUCGGGUUACGAUCCUCGUUUCGGACUAUCAUCGGCCUUUCCGUUCAGCAGCAACACUGUCGCGGGACGUCAAACCGGUGAUGAAGUCAUUCUGGCUUGUUUCACAUUCCCGGCUUCACCGACUAGCAAUCGGCUGAACCGACUUCUGAACGAAUUGUCCGAGAUCGGUCGUGUCAGUGUGGAGACCCCGGAGGAACAGGCGUGUGAUGUGAUGCGCCUACGAUUUCGUCUCUACAAUCGUCGUAUACUCACUCUACUGGAGGAACCCAAACGAGGUCCAAUCUACCUGGUCGGUUUCGGUGUCGGUUCCAUCCUGGUCCUAUCUUCGGCAAUGCAUUUGCAGUCUGUCGAUGAUCGGUACGGCAUUGCUGGAAUCAUAUGUCUCGGAAUGCCACUGGUCGGUUUGAAAGGCCCUCGAGGUUAUCCGAACGAUCCACUCCUAUCAGUCCCUGAAGUGCCUAUAUUGUUUAUCGUGGGUUCUGCCAGUCGCCUCGGUGGUCACAAACAAGCCUUGUAUUUUCGAAGUGCAAUCUUACAUGCCCGAUUAAGAUCACAGUUGGGUAACACUCCUGACGGGACAGAUGCCAGCCGUGACUCAUUCCUGGAGGAUAGUACCCCCGGUCAUGCACCGUCGUCGCCGGGUACAAGCAGUUUUCAAUCCAAAGGUUCGAGUGUAUCCGUGCUUACUGUCGGUGGUGCCGACUAUCUACUUCGUUUGCGCCCGUCUUUGUGUGAAAAAUGGUAUACCACUCAGGAAGAAGUGGAUAAACGGAUUGUGGUAUGUAUUGAUUUUCACACGGAUUCUUUAAUCCUAAAUUUUUUUGUCAUCAAACUGUUUUUGUUGUCAAUUGCCAAAAUCCAUUCGCCAUUCCCCGUUCACUUCCACUUUCUUCUGACCCUGUUCAGUAGUACAUUGUCUGAACGAGAGGUAAAGAGACCCGAGUGGGUUAUAUGA